AUGCAGUUCCUCACCAUCCUCGCGUCUGCCGCCGUCGCCUCCGCUGCCGCUAUCCAGCAGCGCGACGUUACCUUCAAGGUCUCUGAGUUCAGCGCCGGUUGCAUCCCCCACAGCUCCCAGUGCUCCUACUCUUUCACCGUCAUCCAGCCCGGCACCAUGGAGACCACUGGUGUCAAGUGCUCCGGCCUCUUCCAGGCCCAGGGCACCAGCACCCUCCCCGACGUCAAGGAGGCCCCUUGCACCGACUCUUCCCGCACCUUCGACGUCGUCCGCUCCGCUGAGGGCCUGACCCUCACCGUCUCUCAGCCCGUCACCCCCAGCUCCAACCAGACUGGCUCCCACCUCAUCCCCAACGACCAGCUCGUUGUCGCUACCCAGCCCAACGCCCAGGUCCAGUCCUACAACGGCCCCACUGCCUUCGACCUCGAGUAA